CUCACGCACGCGUCCUCCCUCUCUCUCGUUUCCUCUCCCCAAGUUCUAGGGUUCCCAGCCACCGCCGCCGCAGCCCACAACCCCUCCCAGUCUCCCUUUCGAUUCACCUCCUCUCCCCUCCCAGGCAGCCCACACACCGCCACCAUCCAUGCUCCUCUAGCGUCGGCCAGUGGAGAAGGAGCGCCCACCCAAGACCUGCUUCUCGCCCAAACCUUCUCGUCUUCGCGGCAAGGUGUGCCAUCCACCCAGCCAUCAUGGUGGUCGCAGAGGAGGGGGGAAGAGGGAUGGCAUGAAGGUGCCGAUGGAGGCCCUGGGUCGGGGCGGGGAAGCUCGUCGGCUGGGUAUCGCGUCUUCCUCGCCCAGCCAAGGGGCUGCGGGUUUGCUGCACAAGCUGUCCCUGGAUCCCAAGGUCAUCGUGGCCGGCCAGGGCAAGGAGACGCAGAAGAAGGUCUUGGCAGCACCCAAUGGCAGUCCGAAUGGCGUGGUGACAUCCUCCAAACCCUUAGGUGGUGUCCGCAACCAUGGGCAGCAGGAUUACAAGAAUGCAAGCAUGUAUGCUAGCACUGAAGCAUACCGGCUGGCGGGAUUAUUCAGUGUAUGUGGGCCUUGACAGAGCAGAGUCACUUAACCAUGGAAAUGUGCUAGCAAUAGUAUGAUGGAGCAUGAUGGAUGGCAGGAAAGAGAAGGGGAGAUCUCGUAGAGUGUUUUGGUGGAUGGCGAUGCAAUGCUUGUGCUCCGGGGAACAAGCCAAUGUGGUUGAUGAUCUCAAUCCAUCAAAUGGCGAAAUCGAGUUGUAUGCCAAAAAUUAUGGUCUUCCGGAAGCCGAGUUAUAUCUCGAGGAGGGUGAUCUGUUAACUAUGAGGUUGGUUCAUCCUGUAACAUAAAUCUUCUCAUGACCAACAACAUUUUUUGUUUCAUCUGGUCAUUGUUUUGAAUUGUCUGUUGUGGUGCCUAUAUCACAUUUUCCUUGUAUGUUCGCUUCAUGCCGAACUAUACUAAUCCAACUGAAGUCCUUGAGCUGUUUCUUGGACUAUUUCCUUAUUUAUGAUUGUCUAUUUUUUCUCUAAAGAAGAGGGGAAA